GUUCUGCUGCAUUUCUUGGCAAACUCUUUGUUGGACAAGAGCCUCAGAGUUUGUGGUACUCCUUCCAAGCUUCCCCCCGCGAUAAGACGCAAGAUCGCCCAGCAUGUCUCCAAAACAGAGCGAAUGGAACACUGGCCUCCUUGACUGCUGUCAAGACAAAAGCUCUUGCUGCUACGGGUUCUUUUGCUGCCCUUGUCUGGCCUGCUCGGUUGCGGGAAAAUUUGGAGAGAACAGAUGUCUCCCCCUGUGUGACAUCUUCAGCCCUGCAGUCUUGACAGCUUUCGGGAUCCCUCUCUUUGCACCUCCUGCGGCUUUGUCCCUCAGAGUGGGCAUUCGCAAUCGGUUCGGUGUCAAGGGCUCGAUGUGCAACGACAUCUUGUCGUCGUGUUUCUGCAUGUGGUGCACCUGGUGUCAAAUGCACCGUGAACUGAAGUUUCGCAAGAAAAAUCCCACCGUCAUCAACAUGCAACCUGCGCCGCUCUGACCCUGCCAAAUGCAGUGUGUGCGUCUUUCUUACAGAGUUUCUUUCAAUGGCUUAUGUGACUAGGUUGCGGCUGAACACCACGCAGGGGAGCGUUAUGGUUACAUUAACCAGGCGAGAAAAACAAUUGGAAAAAAUGGCAAAUGUUGCCCGUUUUUUGGGGGCUAAAAAACAAGCACCAGGACAUUUUCUGUAAUGAAUUUAUUUGUAGUUCUAUACUUAGGGACCACACUUAUCAAUAAUAAUCAAUAUCAAGAUUUGGUAGCUGUUGUGAUAUUGGGCAUUCCUUGAUGCAGCAUUUGGUACCGUUACUCAAAAUAUUAGGAUAAAUGAUAUUGCCUUGCUCUCCCUGUCAUGAUACUGCAAUUAAAUGUAAAAAAAAUGUCUUUAAUAAAUCAAAGUCUCUCCUAACCACAUGUGGUGUUCAGCAAAGCUUGAUUAUCUGGAAGUUUUUGUUUUUCCCCCAGAUAAUGGGAAUUUAUAAUUGUAUUCUUUCACUACAUAUGUAUUCAACCAUCAUUAUGAAUAUUGUAAGUUGAAAGACAAACUCCAACCACAAUAAAAAGUAAGAUGAAACUUAUUGGUUCAAAGCACAGCAAUGUAGCAUCAUUUUUUUUUAUUCAAAUGAAUUGUGCUGUAAAGAAAAGUUAUUUUCCACACCUCAAGAAUGAGUGU